AUGAAAGAGAAUAUUGAGAAAGCUUAUAACAGACUGAUAAGGGGCUUAGACAGCGGGAUAAGGCUAGACGGGGCAUCGAUAUCGGAGAGCAUCGAAAGUCUGGAAGCGAUUCUUGAGGAGCUAGUGGUUCAGUUGGAGGAUCCUGGAUUUGAUUUUCUCGAAGAUAAGUGA